AUGGACCUCACAACCAGGUAUGCGCUAGCAGUUCGCCGACAUCUUCUGCCCUGUCAUGCGCCUUCGCUCCUGUUAGAAACACAGGUGAUGGGAAUGGCUGCUCAGUCAUCAUUCUCGUCCUUCUGAAUCCUUUCGGGGUGUUGUUGUUGAUGUUGGUGAAAAAUUCUGGGCAAGUGUAUGCUGUGAACCAGGAGGUGUGAUGGCACGCCUAGGUGCGGCUCCUGCCGCGCCAGCCACCUGCGCCCUCCUCCAACUUCAGGUCUUCUUGACUCUGUCUUGACACCUGGUUCAAGUUGGGGCGUGGGGAAGAGAGAGUGCGGUAGAUGCUGCGAAAGUCUGCUUUCGGUUGAAACUAACUCACGCGCAAGUCACCAUCCCUGUUCCGCCUUGCUGUGGAGCACACAAUGGUCAGCGUCGAAACCGACUCUAGAACUUUCUCAUUGGAUAAUAAUACACAGGACAACAUCAAUUUCGGUGCAUGAGUUUCAGUUUUUUAAACCUAGAAACGUUUUAUCUGACCCACUUGUGAAAGACUCGACAACCGUGGUGGGAUUCGAACCUACGAUAGGAAGGGCAACGACAGCCAACUACAAAAACAAACAAUUAGUGAAAAUAUUUAUCGAAAUUACUGACGUUGAAAUAGCAACAGUACUCAACAUCACCAGUAGGACCCCCAUGGCAGGAGGCAACAAUAUUGCCUGCAACAUCUGCGUCUACGUUGAGGAACACAGUAAAUGCAGCAGGUUAUUGGUCCGCACCCAUGGCAGUCCGAGCUAACAGGGCGCAGUGGGUUUGCCUCAAGGUCGCAGCGUUCACAUACACAUCUCUCGAGAUCCCCACUGGCCUUUGGGGCCGGUAAAACCAGAGCAGACGAGGACACCAACAGUAGGGAGAAAGUCAGGGCAAUUGGUCGUUUGCUGUUGAACAUUCCAAAUGGUUCGCGGGUCCGUUUCGGAUCCUAUUUAUAGGGCGCUCAUCGGGUACACCUAACCGCCACGAUUUACGGCAAUGCACACAGACGCGGACUAAGAGAUACAUUUUGCUACAGUCCUGGAGCGGAGAAGGCAAUACUCACCAUGAAUCGUCCGAUUCCGGCAAUAAAUUAACACUUGCCCACAAAUACAGCGAAGUCAUCUUUGAAACCGCACUAAAACUAGGACUCAGUCGAAGGUACUGUGUUUAGGCCAGCGAGAAUCGAAUAUUCAAUCCAAUACGCUUAGUCAGUCAUCAUAUUUUGUUCAUAGUUAAUGCGUUUGGAAAUGCAGCAUCCUUAUCAUGCUGACUCUGUAGCACUUUCUUCCCGACACGUCUUAGAUAUAUUUUUCCUAGAACACGGGGAUAGAGACUAGUUUUUUGGUGAGAGUGGACUUGCACAGCCUCUACCACACUCUCUCCUCCUGCUCCCCACCUGCACUCGGUGUCAAGAAAGAGUCAGGAAGACCGGAGGUGGGGGGGGGGGAAGGUGAGUGGAUGGCACGGCUGAGCCCGCAUUUAGGCGUACCUAUUUCUGUAUCCUGACCCUAACCGUAAUCUUAACCUUAACCUUAGGUUUAACUGCAAUCUCCAGGCAUAUUUUAUUUCCCCUCGACUUUAUUGUCGUACGCUACAACCAGACAAAUAUGCGAUGAAGGCAUAUGCUGCUAAAUACAACAUUUUUGGGAUAACUAGCCAACCGUUGACGAAGCCACUAUAGUCCAAGAAAAUAAAUACGCUGAACAGUAUACCAGUAUAGCUGUUAAUCAGUGUCUUUAAAGUUGAGAUGAUACUAUUCAACAGGGGCGUUUUGGUCUCUGCACUUUCAAAAUCAUACUAGAAGUCAAAAAUAACUAAUCCUUUAAACACUCUUUAGGAAAUAGGACAAACUGCUUUCCGCGAUAGCCGUAAUAUCCAAAAUCGCUGUCGGUGGUAGAGGGACGCUCACCGAUCGCGUAGUGUGGCAUACUCAUUCGGAGCACAGCCAACCGUUUCUGGCUUAUCAACCAUCAUCAACCAGCCAUACCCCAACCCCAGGCUUUGCAGCUCCGGGGCUCGGUCCCGCAAUCUUUUGGUUGGAAGUCCAGCGCACGGACUACAUAGCCACGGGCUCUCUGUCCUGUCGGUUUCAACAGGGUCUAUACAAUGGUAGAUGUGUUCUCACAGGGAGGCCCAGGAGUUGCAACACUUUGGGUUGGGCAUGACUGGCUGAUGAUGGCUGGUCAUCGUGCCAGCGGACAGAGGACGCGCCACAGUUGUACUGGACAGGACAGACUACCUUCAAACAGCCAAAGGUUUACUGGAAGACCGACAGUUCUAUGUCCCAUGUGCAACGAACCCUUUAAAGGCGCUGACACGCGAAAUUAAUGCUACGUUGUUCGCCUUGGAGAACUCAUAUGAAACUCACAUGAAAUUAUAAAAAUAUGCAUAAUCUAGGGGAAAAGAUGCACCUUGAUAACCACAAUUACACAGAAAGUCCCGUCUAGGGGAAGAAGAGGACAAAAUCAGGAGGACCCUAUUCUGCACAGGAUUGUGAUGGCGGUUCCAACCGGUCAUGCAUGUCGGACAGAUGACAGUGCAACGCGUGUCCAGGUGUGAGUGAGCGACUGCGGAUGUGCAAAACAGCACUGCCGUUAGAGACAAAUUCUACGAGGACCUGCACGCCCUCUUGGCGACUGUGUCGAAGGCGGACAAGUUGAUUGUCCUUGGUGACUUCAACGCCCGUGUCAGCACAGACCAUACUGCCUGGAGACGAGUGCUGGGUGCCCACGGUCUCCGCGGCUCAAACGACAAUGGUCUGCUGCUUCUCUGCACCUGCGCAGAACACCGCCUCAUCCUGACGAACACCUUCUUCUGUCUGCCGGAGCAAGAGAAGGCCACCUGGAGGCAUCCUCGGUCGCGUCAGUGGCACCUGCUGGACUAUGUCCUCGUCCGGAGGCGAGAUCAGCGGGACGUGCUGGUGACAAAGGCGAUCGCGGGUGCUGACGGGUGGACCGACCAUCGCCUCGUCAUCUCGAAGAUGCGUAUUCGCCUAAAGCCUCUCAAGAGACCACAAGGUUAGCGACCCCCAGGUAAGCUGAAUGUUGCCUUGUUGGCUUUGCCCGCACACCAUCUUCAUUUCAGCAAUAAGCUAGCUCAACGGCUAGAAAACCUUUGUAUCGCUACCGCCGCCGAUGCCGCCGCUGCCAAGAACGCCUCUGCCGAGAAUCGCUGGUGCCAACUACGAGACACUAUCCAUUUGAUGGCGCUAGCCUUUCUCGGUCGCGCACGCCGCCAACACCAGGACUGCACGCCGAGAAGAACCGCCCACACAAAGCCUACGUAAACCAUCCCACUGACGACAACAGAGCUGCUUUCUAUCGCAGUCGCCGACACCUUCAGCAACGACUGCGCGACAUGCACGACGCCUGGACUGCUCGCAAAGCUGAGGAGAUCCAAGGGUACGCGGACCGGAACGAAUGGAAGAACUUCUUCUCCGCAAUCAAAGCUCUCUACGGUCCGCCGACGAAGGGCACUGCUCCUAACCUCAGCGCCGGUGGCAGCACUCUCCUGACUGAGAAGACACAAAUCCUGCAGCGAUGGGCCAAGCACUUCCGAGGCGUCCUCAACCGCCCCUCCGUCAUCUCCGACGCCGCCAUCGCCCGCUUGCCGCAAGUGGCGACUAACGUGGACCUCGACCUCCCGCCAUCUCUCCAGGAAACGAUCAGGGCCGUGCAACAGCUCUCCAGCGGAAAAGCACCCGGAUCAGACGCAAUCCCUGCUGAGGUCUACAAACACGGAUGUCCCCAACUGAUGGAUCACCUGACUGCGCUCUUCCAGGAGAUGUGGCGUCAAGGUGAAGUCCCGCCAGAUUUCAAGGACGCAACUAUCGUGCACCUUUACAAGCGAAAAGGGAAUCGCCAAGUCUGCGACAAUCACCGCGGCAUCUCCUUGCUGAACAUCGCCGGGAAGAUCUUCGCUCGCAUCCUGCUCAACCGCCUCAACAACCAUCUGGAACAGGGCCUUCUGCCGGAAAGCCAAUGCGGCUUCCGUCGUCAUCGUGGGACAACGGAUAUGAUCUUCGCCGCCCGUCAACUUCAGGAGAAGUGCCAGAAGAUGCGGAUCCACCUGUACUCUACCUUCGUGGACCUGACGUGA